AUGCACGCCGCCGAGGUUCGCACGCUCUCGAAAGAGAUCGAGCGCCUGCGGCAGUACGCCGCGCGUCUCAUCGUCCACAACGACUACCUCCUCAAAGUCAGCGGCGCGGCGGCGAAGACGAGCCCCGCGAGACGACCGCGACCGGAGGCGCCGCCGUCGCCGUCGCCGUCGCCGCCGCCGCCGCCGCCGCCGCCGCCGCCGCCCGCGGCGCUCGCGUCGACGCGCGCCGCCGCGCUCCCGCAGAUCCCCCCGCCGUGGCACCACCCGUCCCCCGCCCCGCCCGCGGAGGGCACGAACGCGGCGUCGAAGCUCUCGCUCCAGACCGAGGUGUUGCUCGCGAAGAUAGACGACCUCUCCGAGAGCGCGCGCGCGACGUCCGCGCUGCUGCGUCGCAUCCUCGCGCGCGCGACCGCGGAGACGAGCGCGCUGCCGACGACGACGCUGAACGCGCUGACGCGCGGGCCGGAACGCGACGCCGCGGCGACGACGCGCGCGCUGGCGACGUUGACCGACGCGGUCGAGCGCGCCGCGAGAGGCGGCGAAGGAGGAGGAGGAGACGACGACGACGACGACGACGACGACGACGACGCGGCGGCGGCGGCGCUCGCGAUCAAGACCGACCUCGCGGCCGUCCUCGCGCACGCGUCCGUGGUGAACAACAACAUCGCGCAGCUCGUGCAGGUCGCCGCGAUCUUAGAGGUGGCGUCGAGCGCGCUGGCGAUCGCGGCGAACGACGCGGAGAGGGACCAGAGAGACGUGCGGGCGACCGCGGAGGCGCUGCGGCGUCGGCUGGCCGAAGCGACGAAGAAGACGAAGACCGAAACCAAAACCACCGACGCGAAGCGGCGGCGCGCGGAGAAGAACGACGACGAUUCGUCUUCCUCGGCGGACGACGGUUCGGGAUCUGAAUCGUCGUCGUCCAGCGAGUCGACCCCGCCGCCGGACGGCAAACGACGCAGGCCGAAGACGUCGUCGCUGCUCACCGCGAUGAAGCUCAAGGAACGGCGGAACCCGUACUGA